AUGGAGGGGCUGACGGAGAGCGAGGUCGCCGGCUUCGCGGUGGGCGCCUUUCUGCUCGGCGCCAGCAUCGCCGCGCAGAGGGUCGACGGCUUCGUCGCCGCUUCGCAGAGAAGCUCUUUAAACAUGUGCAAGCGCUGUGGUGAUCUUCGGAUGGUGGCAUGUUCACAAUGCAAAGGAGUAGGCUCUGUUAGGAAAGGCGGAACCUUCACAUUCGGCGUGCUUGAGGACAUCUAUGAAUCUCUUGGAGCUGAAACCAAGGCAGCUGAUUUGGUCCCUUGCUCAAAGUGCCGUUCUAAAGGCCGCCUCCCGUGUGCAGAGUGCGCCAAGGUCAGAUGA